AUGGCGAUGGCGCCCGCGCGACAGCGGCUGAAGGAAGAGAAAGACGAGCGCCAGCGAGUAAGGGCGGCUGUGUUGCUGCUGCACGUCCCACGGACGGCCGAGGGGUCGCCCUCGACGCGCAAGGCGACGAGGACCAAGGCGUCCUCCGGGCGAGGGGCGACGGUCGGCAGCCGCGCAGCGAGGAUGGGCAACAGCGGCGACACGGUCGAGGAGGUGCUCAACAGGGACACCCUGGAGGCCCUGUGGGACUUGCGCAGCUCGGGCGUGCUUUGCGACGGCCUCCUCAAGACCACAGACGGCGGUCAGUUCCCCGUGCACAGGGUCGUCAUGGCCAGCUGCAGCGAGUACUUCAGAGCCCUCUUCAGCUCGCAUCUAAGCAGCGGUGGCCGGUGCGAGGUCCUAGUGCAGGGCGUGUCCAGCGAGGCCCUGGCCAUCAUCGUGGAGUUCGCGUACAAGCGAAUCACGUGGGUGGGCUGCGACAACGUGGAGAGGCUGCUCAAAGCUGCUGACUACCUCUGCGUCAUGGGCAUGAUCAAGGACUGCUGCGACUUCCUCCUCUCCAUCAUGACUCCCGAAAAUUGCCUCUCCAUCCACAACCUGGCCAAAAUGUACAACUGCUUUGACCUCGCCGCCAAGGCCAAAGACUACCUGAUGGAGCACUUCGUCGAGGUGGCCAAGCGCAGCGACGAGUUCCUUCGGCUGGACGCGGACGACGUGGUGUCCAUCCUGUCGGACGAGAACCUGAACGUGGUCAAGGAGGAGAGCGUGUGGAAAGCCGCGCUGCGCUGGAUCGAGUUCGACCCGGCGACCCGGACGCGCCACAUGGCGCGCCUCUUCGAGUGCGUGCGAACGGGCCUCGUGGACACCGACUUCUUCGUCGAGAAGAUCAAGACGCACAAGUACAUUGUCGACGACGACGGCUGCAGGCCACGUGUGAUACAGACCCUGCGCUUUCUGUACGACCUGGACGUGGUGGUUCACAACGACGAGGUGCCCACGCCCGUGUUCGCACGACCGCGCAUACCGCACGAGGUGAUGUUCGUCAUCGGCGGCUGGAUGGCGGGUGGGCCGACCACUUACAUCGAGAGCUACGACACCAAAGCCGACAGGUGGAUCAAGGUCGAGACCGUAGAUCCUGAGGGUCCCCGGGCGUACCACAAGUGUGCGGCCAUCGGCAACGACAUCUACGUCAUUGGGGGUUUCAACGGAGAAGACUACUUCAGCAGUGUGCGGUGCUUCAACGCCUACACCAAGCAGUGGCGCUCCGUCACUCCCAUGCAUGUCAAGAGGUGCUACGUCAGCAUAGCGGUGCUCAAGGACAUCAUCUACGCUAUGGGUGGAUACGACGGCCGGCACAGACAGAACACAGCAGAGAAGUUCGACCACCGCACAAACCAGUGGACGAUGAUCGCCCCCAUGCACAUGCAACGCAGCGACGCGUGCGCCACCACUCACGACGGCUACGUGUACGUGACGGGAGGCUUCAGCGGCAACGAGUGCCUCAGCUCGGCCGAGCGGUACGACCCGACGACCGACCAGUGGACAGCCAUCGCGAGCAUGCGCUACCGACGCAGCGGUGUCGGUUGCGUCGGCUUUCGCGACUGCGUCUACGCGAUCGGCGGCUUCAACGGCACCAGCAGGCUGUUCUCGGCCGAGAAGUACAACCCGGACACCAACACGUGGACCAGCCUGCCCAACAUGUACACGCCCAGGAGCAACUUCGCCGUGGCCAUAAUCGACAACCUGGUGUUCGCCAUCGGCGGCUUCAACGGCGAGAGCACCACCAACCUGGUCGAGUGCUACGACCCGAGCACCGACCAGUGGUGCGAGGCCACGGACAUGAACGAAACGCGGUCGGCUCUCGCCGCCUGCGUCAUUUCCGGCCUGCCCAACAUCCGAGACUACGUCCACCAGCACCGCGACAACUUGAUGGAGGAGAAGCGGCUGAAGAUGCUCGACAUCCUCAAACAUCACUCGCGCCAGCUGAACGGCGAGGACGAUUCGCUCAUGUGACGAUGGCACGAAGCGGAAGCGCUCAAUCGAAAUCGCAUUCGUGCGGUCGAUAAGAAUUGCUGAAAUCUAACGAGCCAGCAUGUAGUCACGUGCCUGGAUACGUGACAGGAACAGCGCGAGUUUCGGGCAUCGAGUAGUCCCCCCAUAGUAGAAGGACGUGAAGCUGCAUGAUUCCUCGGGUGGAUGUUGACAGUGUGGCUUUCCUUAAUAUUUCUCUUGCGGAAAUUUUUCAGGUCGGCGGUAAUCUUCAUGGUGCUGUGUAUGCACGGCAACUAAAAUUUUCGCUUCAACAGCA